AUGGCAUUCCUGGGGCCUUCCGCGCCCUUAUUCCGGAGACUUGCUCCCCGGCUGUCGAGGGAGCUCUUCACCUGCCGUCAAUGUCUCUCGCGCACCCCGAAUCCUGCGACUGCGACUGCGACCAAGUCCGCCUUCCGCCGCCAGUUCUCCGCGCUGCCCCUCGCCCAGAAUGCCAACACCAGAGCCAAUUCCGCCCUUCAGGCCAGAGCUAGGAAGCUUUUUGCUUCUAGUCUGAGGAGAAAUGCCUCGGGAUCUGCUGCUGCCGCGGAAGGCGCUGCGAAGGCGAAAUCCAGCUUUCCGGAUGUGAGCGACAAGAAAGUCGCCUACUGGUUGCUGGCCAGCACGGCCAGCGUUUUUGGUAUCGUUGUCUUUGGCGGUCUGACCCGGUUAACUGAGUCAGGUCUGAGUAUCACCGAAUGGCGCCCCGUCACCGGAUCCCUCCCCCCCAUGAACGCCGAACACUGGGAAGCCGAGUUCGCCAAGUACCGCGCAUCCCCUGAAUUCCAGCUCCUCAACCCGCAUAUGACCCUCUCCGAAUUCAAGUCGAUUUACUACAUGGAAUGGAUCCACCGUCUUUGGGGCCGCUUCGUCGGCAUCUCGUUUGUGCUCCCGGCCAUAUACUUCGUUGCGAGAAAGCAGGUUAGCAAGCCCAUGGCUCUGCGCCUGGCCGGUAUUGCAGGCUUGAUUGGAUUCCAGGGAUUUAUCGGAUGGUGGAUGGUCAAGUCCGGCCUGAAGGACGACCUCUUCGCCCCUGGUAGCCACCCCCGUGUCAGCCAGUACCGCCUGACGGCGCAUCUGGGUGCCGCCUUCGUCUGCUACAGUGCUAUGCUGUGGAACGGUCUUGCUAUCCUGCGCUCCCACCGCCUUCUCGCCGACCCGGAGGCCGGAAUCAAGCUCUUGGACGCGCUGCGUGACCCCAAGCUCAAGAUCUUCCGUCGCUCCGUGGCCGCAUUGGCUGCUCUGGUUUUCGUGACUGCCAUGUCCGGCGCCCUUGUCGCCGGCCUGGAUGCCGGUCUUAUCUACAACGAGUUCCCCUUCAUGGGCAAUGGUCUGGCACCUCCCAAGGCGGAACUUUUCGAUGAGCGCUACUCCCGCCACGAGGACCGAUCGGACCUGUGGUGGAGAAACAUGCUGGAGAACCCCUCCUUGGUGCAAUUGGACCACCGGACUCUGGCUAUGACCACCUUCACCAGCAUCAUGGCUCUCUGGGCGUACACGCGUCGCUCUCCCACGAUGCAGCGUCUCUUGCCCCGGGCUGCGAAGAAGGGUAUGCACGGAGUGGUCGGCUUCGCCUGCCUGCAGGUCGGUCUCGGUAUCUCGACCCUUCUCUACCUCGUUCCUACGCCUCUGGCUUCUGCCCACCAGGCGGGCAGUAUAUUCCUGCUCACCUGGGUGCUUGUCCUGGGAAGCCGUGUCUGGCACCCGUCCCGGACGGCCAAGCUGCUUCAGAUGGCGGUCAAGGCCCGUGGACAAGCUGCUUCCAGCGCAACCCAUGCCCCUCGCCGGCUGUAA